UUGUAUCAACAUAACACAAAAUCCUCUUAUUCCAAAUUCAAACCAAGAAAUUAAGAGAUGGAGAGAAUUUCUGAUCAUGCUAAUGCUAAUCGCGUCUACGAUGAAUUCGAGCCACUCUCAAAUUGGAAAACUGAACAAGGAUUCGAAAUUCUCACUGUUUACCUUCCAGGGUUUAGGAGAGAGCAGCUUAAGGUGCAAGUAACCACCACGAGGAGGCUGAGAGUGAUGGGAGAUCGUCCUGCAGGAGCCAACAAAUGGAUCCGUUUCCGCAAAGAGUUUCCUAUUCCUCCAAACAUCGACGUUGACUCUGUCUCUGCCAAAUUCGAAGGUGCAAAUCUUGUUGUGAGGCUUCCUAGACUAGAGCCAAUGGGCAAACAAACUUCACCUAUUGGUUCAACCACAGCACCUCCUCCAGUUCCUAAGGAAGAUCCCAAGCUUCCUAGCCCGGCAGCGAAAGAGAAGGUCCAACCACAAAAGGAAACAAGAGAGAAAGAAGCGGAACAAGAGAAACAGGCCGAAAAGAUUCAAUCGCCAAAGCCAGCAAGAGAGAACGAAGAAGCUCUUAACCAAGAUUAUAGAAGUAAAGUGAAUGAAUACAAGGAAAAUCUUGGAGGAUAUGUUGCACUGAUGAAGAAUAACAGAACAGCACUUACGGCUGGUGUGGUUGUUCCCGCGGCUGCGGUUCUGUUGCUCUCUCUUGGAUUCUAUGCCGGCCAAAUGUUUACUUCUUAAUUCUUAUUAACCUAUUUGCAGGAUUCUCAAAGGCAGAUAAAAUGUACUAAAACUUGCAUAUAAAACAAAUCAUAUUAA